AUGUCCCGCAAAGCAUCCAGCUCUCCAACAGCUCCCGGACCCCCCGUCACAGCCCGCGGAACAUCUAUGGCUCCCCAACUCGCCAAAGACAGUUCGCACCCCUCCAACCCCUUCCAAGUGGACUUUGUCAUCCCCUUGGACAUCUCGCUUGGGAAGUAUAGCACCGAUCGGAACAGGAUCCAGAAGGAGGUACGGGAUGGGUACGAGCUGCUUCUUCGGCAAUUGGAGGAGGAGGGUGGAUUGAAGAUUGCGAGUCGGAAGGGGAGAGGCGCGAAGGGGAAGGAGGAGGUGUGGGUGUUUGUCUCAGCGGGGGAUGAGAAGAUCGUUGAGCUUGUAGAGCGAGAAAAGGAGCAGGAUGAGCAGCACAGUCUCCCUCCUCAUGCGCACGCCGUUCCCCCGUCCCCAGCGACUCGGAUCCGCCUUUUGCAUUCUCUCCUGACCUCUCCGCCUAUCCAACACGGUCUCGGUAUCACUCCCGGAGAGGGGAGAUGGAGUCGCGUCAAGAGCAUCGCGGCGUUGCACGACGACGAAGCCAACAAGGCUUGGCUCAAGCAGUGGAGCUUGGGCGGAGACUGGAAGGUAGGACUUUUGAAGGGUCUGGACAGCGAGCAUGCCGGUCUUGGAUCUCACCAACCCCCACCCGUCCACCUCUACUUUGACUUCCUGACAACCUACACCCUCUCCCUCCUCCCCAUCUCCGCAGUCGGCGCCCUCUUCUGGCUAUUCAGCGCCGCCGACUCCUACCCGCCCCUCUUUGCUCUCUGCCUCUCCAUCUACUCUCCCAUCUUCGUUGCCUUCUGGCGAAUCCGGGAGCGCAAACUUGCCGUGCGGUGGGGGACUAAGGGAUGCGAGAACGUCGCAGUGGGUCGACUUCGGCCCGAGUACGUCGCAAACCUGGAGAAGAGGGACAGCGGUGCGGGGGGUGAUGUAGUGGGCACGGUGCAGAAGGGUGACGAUAUGAAGCGGGAUCUGAAAGUAGCUGCCAGCGUGCCGAUCAUCGCACUGUGCGGGGUGGGGCUGGGGGUGCUGUUGAUGGGUGUGUUCUUGUUGGAGGCAUUUGUCAGCGAGGUGUAUGAGGGCGUGGGCAGUGGGGUCGUGCCCCUGAUCCCGACGGCUGUGUUCGUCCUCGUUGUCCCGCAGAUUGUCGGCCAGUAUCAGAAUCUCGCCAAAGCGCUCGUCAAAUGGGAGGACCAUCCUACUCCUGUGGGCGCCGAAAAGAGUCUGACCGGCAAAACCUUCGCCAUGAAUGGUAUCGUCGCCUAUCUUGGCUUGUUCCUCUCCGCCUAUGUCUACGCUCCCUUUGGUCAGUUCAUCAUGGCCAAUGUCCAAACCCGACUCGCGGGACACAGCGGAGAAAAGAUCAAGAUCGCCUCGUCUGCCGAGAAGACCGGGUUGGGACCGCGGACGAGCGGGUCCAAGCAGCACAGCAUCAAGGCUGGAAGGCUCAAGGGGCAGCUUUUCGCAUACACCGUCACCAAUCAGGCUGUGAACGCCUUCCUCGAGCUCGGGCUGCCUUACAUUCUUCGCUUCGUCGACGAGAUCCGACAUGGCAAGGGCAGCAUCAAGGAGGAGAUCCAGAAGAAGACAUCUGGGGGUGCCGUCCAGCCUAGGUCGGAUGCGGAUGUGGAGAAGCUGUUCUUGGAUAAGGUGGAGAAGGAGCUUGCUCUGCCAGAGUAUAACCUCUUCACGGACUAUGCGGAGAUGGUCACGCAGUUCGGCUACGUCGUGGUCUGGUCCUGCGUCUGGCCGCUCGCGCCCGUCUUUGCCCUCCUCAACAACUAUCUCGAGAUCCGCGGGGAUGCGCUCAAGGUGACACAGCACGUUAGGCGUCCGAUCGGGGACCGAGUGGAGACUAUCGGAAGUUGGCUCGAUACCCUCAGCAUCAUCUCGUGGAUCGGAGCCAUCACCUCCUCGACCCUCAUCUACCUCUUCCGGCCCACCACGGCCCUCCACUCCCAGACACCCAACCCCAAUGUCCCCGCUACCGGCUCAGUCCACCUUCACUCCAUCGUCGCUACGUACUCGGACUCGCCGACUUUGCGAAAGAUCCUCCCGACGUUGGUCCCGCUCGUGGCGAUUGCGCUGGCGGCGAGCCAUGGGCAUAUCGUGCUCAGAUGGGUGGUGACGGAGCUGGCGGAGCGGGUGUUGUGGAGGGGGAGUAAGGAGCAGGUGGAGGUGGAGAGGAUGCAGGAGAAGAAGGGUGGGAAGAAGAUGGUACAAGCACGAGGGGAGAAGGUGGAGAAGACGGAAAAGAAGAGGUAUGAGAGUCAGGGGCUGAGAGGGGGAUUCUGGAAUGGUGGAGAAGAGGGUGCGAGGGAGGUCGGGCGGGUCGGAAAGGCCGAGUAG